GGAUGUGACAUUUCACGCAAGAUAGCGGCCGCCAUUUUGACUUCCCACAUUGAGCCUCGUACAAACCAACGGGAGGAGCGUGUCGAGGGCCAACGCCGCUCAAGUCACAACGAUUGCAUGAUCAAGCACAUUCCUCUUGGGGAACGGCACUUGUGUGACGGGAAUGCGACGGCUUGCCGCUUUUUGUCAGUAGGGACGCUUUCGUGGGGAAUUUGUUUGGAUCAGGGCCGCGGCAACUCUCGUCUCCGCGAACUUCCAAAUUAACGUCAGUCCAAGCUAUUUCUAUUUGCAACCUGGUUUGAAUGGAUAGCUUUCUCCUCCGCUCUUCCCCAGACGAGGGACACACGGAGGAGCACACGGACUGGGGAUAUCGCAGGCAAAGUUAUUGAAUGUGUGGCUACCGCAAGAGCAUUUGUUUUCAUUGUUGUAUCUUUAGCGUUGAUAAGCUAGCUGUAAACCGGCUAUUUGUUCCACCAGGUGCGGGUCGUGUUUUUGCUCCACACUUCCCGGUGGAAAGCCGGAAUAAUUUAGCUCCUUUCAGUGGGCCUCCCUCCUCGGAGCCCCGACCCGUACUGCCAGCCGCCGCCGCCAGCCAGCUACUCGCAUCCACCAAAGGCGCCGAAAUUGGGCGAAUAGCGAGCAAAUACGUCCGCGUUUCUCUACCCGCUCCCCCGCCGACCUCCCCUCCUCACUCCCCGGCGCUGACAGCGGACAAGGCCGAGGUCGCAGCAGAGCAGGCCCGGCCGCCGAGGCUCGAGCGGUCCACCCCAUCUCCGCAUCUUACCACACCUCAUCAGCAGUCCAGAAACUGGUUCGCAUCUGAACCGGACUCGGACGACGUCGACGGUAGCCGAGAGAGUAGGGAGCCCCGGAUCGCAACGACAAAAGCUGACAACAUGAACCACCACCACCACCACACGCAGCAGCAGCAGAAAGCCGGCGAACAGCAGCUGAGUGAACCCGAGGAUAUGGAAAUGGAAGCUGGGGACACUGACGACCCUCCAAGAAUUCCAGCCAACCCAGUUAUCAAUGGUAACAUGGCCAUGGCAGAUGGACACAACAACACAGAAGAAGACAUGGAAGAUGGUGAGGAGUACACCAGUUGGCGGUCAGAAGCAACCUUUAGGUUUGUGGUGGAGCGCUUCAGUCGCCUCAGCGAGUCAGUUCUCAGCCCGUCCUGCUUUGUGCGCAACCUCCCAUGGAAGAUCAUGGUGAUGCCGCGCUUCUACGCCGACCGGCCACACCAGAAGAGUGUGGGCUUCUUCUUGCAGUGUAAUGCAGAAUCGGAUUCCACGUCAUGGUCAUGCCAUGCACAGGCAAUGCUAAAAAUUAUCAACUACAAAGAUGACGAGAAGUCGUUCAGUCGCAGGAUUGGUCACCUGUUCUUCCACAAAGAGAACGAUUGGGGCUUUUCCAACUUCAUGUCCUGGAGUGAUGUCACCGACCCAGAGAGGGGCUUUAUUGAUGACGACAAAGUCACAUUUGAGGUGUACGUCCAAGCAGAUGCUCCACACGGGGUGGCCUGGGACUCAAAGAAACACACAGGUUAUGUUGGACUCAAAAACCAAGGCGCAACCUGCUACAUGAACAGCCUACUUCAGACACUCUUCUUCACCAAUCAACUACGUCGGGCAGUGUACAUGAUGCCAACAGAGGGAGACGACUCAUCCAAGAGUGUUCCUCUGGCAUUGCAGAGGGUUUUCUACGAGCUGCAACACAGCGACAAGCCCGUUGGCACCAAGAAACUCACAAAGUCCUUCGGAUGGGAAACUCUUGACAGUUUCAUGCAACAUGAUGUUCAGGAACUCUGCAGGGUGCUCCUUGACAAUGUGGAGAACAAAAUGAAAGGCACAUGUGUUGAGGGGACCAUCCCGAAACUCUUCAGGGGAAAGAUGGUGUCAUACAUCCAGUGCAAGCAUGUGGACUACCGAUCAGAACGAAUAGAGGAUUACUAUGACAUCCAGCUUAGUAUAAAAGGAAAGAACAACAUUUUUGAGUCCUUUAAGGAUUAUGUUGCAACUGAACAGUUGGAUGGAGACAACAAAUAUGAUGCCGGAGAGCAUGGCCUGCAGGAAGCUGAAAAAGGAGUGAAGUUUCUCACUUUCCCACCAAUCCUUCACCUGCAACUGAUGAGGUUCAUGUAUGAUCCGCAGACUGAUCAAAACAUCAAAAUUAAUGACAGGUUUGAGUUUCCAGAUCAGUUACCUCUGGAUGAGUUCCUUCAGAAGCCAGACUCCAAGGACCCGGCCAACUACAUCUUGCACGCCGUGCUUGUGCACAGCGGGGACAACCAUGGCGGUCACUACGUCGUCUAUCUUAACCCAAAAGGAGACGGCAAAGUGAGUGUCAAGGAACCAAUAUGGUGCAAGUUUGACGACGACGUGGUAUCACGCUGCACCAAGGAAGAGGCCAUUGAGCACAACUAUGGUGGGCACGAUGACGACCUCUCUGUUCGCCACUGUACCAACGCGUACAUGUUGGUCUACAUACGGGAGUCCAAGCUGAGUGAGGUGCUCCUUCCCAUGACUGACGUGGACAUACCCCAGCAGCUCGUGGAGCGUCUGCAGGAGGAAAAGAGGGUGGAGGCACAGAAGAGGAAGGAGCGUCAAGAGGCUCACCUAUACAUGCAAGUUCAGAUGGUGACAGAGGACCAGUUCUGUGGUCAUCAGGGUAAUGACAUGUAUGAUGAGGAGAAGGUGAAGUACACAGUCUUCAAAGUCCUGAAGAGCUCCACGUUGCAAGAGUUUGUCCAGAACCUCUCCCAGACCAUGGGUUUCCCACAGGAGCAAAUGAGGCUGUGGCCCAUGCAAGCCCGUAGCAACGGAACUAAGCGGCCCGCUAUGCUCGACUACGAGGCUGACUGCAACAAGUCGAUGAUUGGCUUGAGUGAUAACGAGAAUCCAUGGACAAUAUUUCUGGAGACGGUAGAUCCCGAACUGGCAGCCAGUGGUGCAACACUACCCAAAUUUGACAAAGAUCGUGAUGUCAUGUUGUUCCUGAAGAUGUAUGACCCGAAAACAAGAAGCUUAAAUUAUUGUGGACAUAUCUACACGCCUAUAUCCUGCAAAAUAAGAGACCUGCUACCAGUCAUGUGUGAGCGAGCAGGUUUUCAGCAGGAAACUAGCCUUAUCCUCUAUGAGGAAGUUAAGCCCAAUCUAACAGAGCGGAUUCAGGACUACGAUGUCUCUCUGGACAAGGCCCUGGAUGAACUCAUGGAUGGGGACAUCAUUGUCUUCCAGAAGGACGACCCCGAGAACGACAGCAGUGAGCUACCAACGGCCAAGGAAUAUUUCCGGGACCUCUACUACCGAGUGGAUGUCAUCUUUUGUGACAAGACCAUCCACAAUGACCCUGGCUUUGUGGUCACGCUCUCCAACCGCAUGAACUAUUUUCAGGUGGCGAAGACGGUAGCCCAAAGGUUGAACACGGAUCCCAUGCUGCUGCAGUUCUUUAAGUCACAGGGGUACAGGGACGGUCCAGGGAAUCCUCUCAGACACAACUAUGAGGGAACGCUGCGGGACCUGCUGCAAUUCUUUAAGCCUCGGCAGCCCAAGAAACUCUACUAUCAACAGUUGAAAAUGAAGAUCACCGACUUUGAGAACAGGCGGAGUUUCAAAUCCAUAUGGCUCAACAGCCAGUUCAGAGAGGAGGAGAUCACCCUCUACCCUGACAAACACGGUUGCGUGCGCGACCUGUUGGAUGAAUGUAAAAAGGCCGUGGAGCUCUCUGAAAAGGGCUCCGAGAAGCUCAGGCUGUUAGAGAUAGUAAGCUAUAAAAUCAUCGGGGUUCACCAGGAAGACGAGCUACUAGAAUGUUUAUCUCCGGCUGCCAGUCGCACCUUCAGAAUAGAGGAGAUUCCUGUGGACCAGGUCGAUCUGGACAAGGACAGCGAGCUGCUCAUCCCCGUCGCUCAUUUCCAUAAGGAAGUCUUCGGCACGUUUGGGAUCCCAUUCUUGCUCAAAAUCCGACAGGGUGAGUCUUUUCGGGAGGUGAUGAGGAGGAUCCAGACAAUGUUGGAGAUCCAAGAGAAAGAAUUUGAGAAGUUCAAGUUUGCCAUCGUGAUGAUGGGCAGACAACAGUACAUCACUGAAGACAAGUAUGAGGUCAACUUGAAGGACUUUGAACCGCAGCCAGGAAACAUGUCACACCCGCGUCCCUGGCUGGGCUUGGAUCAUUUCAACAAAGCUCCAAAGAGAGGUCGCUACACCUACCUGGAGAAAGCAAUCAAAAUCCACAACUAAAGCAGCCCGUCCUUCCUCUUUUUCCUCCUCUUCCUCCCCCGCCUACUUCACACCAUAACUGACUGUAACCAACCUCACGUGUGUGUGCGCGUGUGGAAGUGUGCGCUUGAUUGUGCGUGUGAGAAUGUGGGCGCUCGUACGGUGUGCUCAUCACUUUCAGCCCACCACGUGGACACAAGCGAGCUCUGCACUGGCUCUUGUCUUCAGCCCAUCUUGCUGCAGCUGAUGGAUUCUCCUUCAACUCAACCAACUGCAACUGCAACUUUGUUUGGGUUUUUUUUGGUUUUUGCCACUCCCUUAAUUACAUUUUUUUUCCACUCUUUGCGGCUUCUCUUAACUGUUUACUGCCUGUGGUGUUGCCAGGAAGUGGCAGAAAUUUGGAUUUUAAUAUGUGGGGAAGUGUGACACAAGAUAAAAUAUUACACUAUAAUGUAUAUAUCUAUAUAAAAAUACAUAAAAGCUCUAGACUUUUCCCUGCUCUGCCUCAAUUUUUUUUUUAUUUUAUUUUUUUUUGGGUGGGUCGAUUUUAAAUGAAGACUUGCUGCUGUGAGGAGAGUUGAGUAGAAGUACAUUUGCGAGAACUAACUAGCAGGGAGGACGAAAAAAAUUCUCCCCAACAAACCAGCUGGGAGCUGUUGGCAUCCAUCUUUUUACGCUGCCCGAGUGUGCUUCUUGCGUUUUCUGCUCUCGCCCUUUUAGCGCAACAACGAAUUAAGUAUUUCCACAUUUACGCGCAGUUGUCUCACUUAGUUUUGUUGGGAGGCUAUUUUUUUCUGCAGAACUUGUAUUAUGAUAUAGUAAUAAGAAUCCACUGCAAAUGUUUAAAGAAAAAAAUAAUAAAACGGCGUUAAAAAUGAGGAGGAUAUUUGUCUGUAUUUCAUCUUGCACGCUGGCACUUAACGUCAGAGAGCUCAGGACCGGAAAAUGUUUUGUCAGUUUGGAUUUUUGAGUGACGCGCGGUCUCUGAGUUUCUCCAGUUUGAUAGUUGGCCGCUUUCUCAGUCAUUCCUCCCAUGGAGCACCAAAGCAGUUCUGUCUUCAUCCUUCCAUCCCUUUCACAUCUGCUCUGUCUCCCCCUGGUGGUUGGGAGCAGUAAGCCCACUGUGCUUGUGUGGUAGGGAGCAGCAGACUUGUAGAGCUGGCACAUUUGAGGAUUGUGUAAAGGACAAAAACCAGCAUUGUAAGAAACACUUAAAUCCCCAAUGAUUUUUUUUAAGCACAGAUGGAAUGCGCCUCAGUGCUUAGUGUGGCUCUGUAAAGACAAUUAAGAAUUGUAUAUUUAAAAAUACGAACAUGUAAAAUUGAAAGACACUCGCCUAUGUUGUGGGGUACGGAAGGAGCCAGUUGUUCAUAUUUCUUGUGUGUAGUUUUUUUUUUUAAUCCCUUUGCGUUCCUGAUGUAACAUUUGACAAUUUUAUUCUGUUACAUUUGCAUUUGUUUUCCAGAUUAACUGCAUCUGUUUUGUCUUGUCUCAAAGUGCAGUACAAAGAUGACCGACAGAAUCUCAUCUUUUUUUUUUCCAAUUGAAAAUCCUCAGUGUAGCAGCAGUGUACGACAACUAUUCCUGUAUAUUGACUUUUUGCUGGAAAAUGUAUGUUGAAUAAAAUUUUCUACAAAAUA